UAUUCCGCUAAACCGACGCUUUGUUUUGAGAAAUUAUUAGUACGCGCAGCAGGAAAAUAUUCCAUUAAGCAAUUUAUCAAACGAUUAUUCUUUAAAGUUCGGGAUUGCUAAUCGCCAUAAAUAGAUUUUGGAAUUAGCGUUAUUUUUAUUUCUGAUGUUCCAUAUUAUGUUAUUGCCAAGUUUACCGCGUGGGCCUGGAACUACUCGUAAAAGCAAUCAAAACAUUUAUGACUGAUUCCACUCGUGGCUAAACUGUGUCUACGAGCAGGAGUAAAUUCCAGCUUUCUUACGGGCCAUUUAUGACUGCUUUUUAGGUACAAACAUUGAGGGCAAACUUGGUGUGAUUUACAACAAAGUUAAGAGGUCCAAUUUAAAUUUUACGGCGCCAGAGAAGGUCGUUUUCAUCCGCAGCAGAGCCAGGGCGCCGGUGUGGGAUUCAUUCAUGAAGACGGUUGGAAUGGCUAGCUACGAAGGCUUGGUAAAAUGCGGAUAUUUGGAGAUGAAACUACCAAGAAAGCAGCGGAAAGUCACACACAAGGUAUGGAAAAGAAAGUGGUUUGUCCUUAGAAGAAAAUCAAAGCGGGGUAACACAAGACUGGAAUAUUAUCACAGUGAAAAGGCUUGUAUUGAAGGCAAACACAGAACUGUUAUUCCACUGGAUAAAGUUACGGGGAUUCACUGUGCACACUCAAGGACGCACACACAAUGCUUUCUAAUUGCUGCUAUAGAAACAAAGAUAUUUUUGUCGGGUGAAAAUGAACUUGAAACUUAUGAAUGGAUUCGACUCAUGAAAGAACUUGUUUUGCCUGAACCCAAAAUGAUGCCUUUGGUUCAAGGAGGGGAUAUCUUUGGGCUAUAUGAAGUUACCAUAGAAAGGACAGAUGAUUCUGAGAGACUUAAUUUAGUAGGAGAAUACCUUGUUACAGUGCGGAAGAACUUUUUAUGUCUUCAUAACAUUAAGAGUGGUGAGAAAGUACUAGAAUGGGAAUUAGAAUUCCUGCCUUCCUUUCGUCUAGUUCGGCUAUCAUACCUUCAGGAUAUGGACAAGCUGUUGGUUAUCAAAGCCGCCAAGGGCUGCAAAACAGGCGAAGGUGAAUACCACUUUCUGACCCGACAAGGCCGCGAGAUACUUGAAACCAUCAAAUGCCAAACGCAUAGACUUUACAUGUUAAGACACAGACACGGGAACGAGGCGACGAACAGGAGACACUCCGUUGACUCGGCAGCGUGUACACGUUCAUCCGGGAACGACACAAAUGACAGUAUGACGUCAUCCUACGAGACAGACUCACGUGGUCGGUCGAUUAGUACGUCCAGUCACCAGUCAAGUCAUCCCUCGAGUCAACAGUCAGUGGCGGGACAAUCCUCGGGACCUACCUCGGGAUCAGCCAAAACGUAGCGAUCAUUACGAAAUAGCGAUCGUGACGGAAACGUAGCGAUCACUACGAAAUAGCGAUCGUGACGGAAACGUAGCGAUCGUUGUGAAAUAGUAAUUUUGGCGCAGACGUAGCGACCAUUACAAUUGUGUUCGUUGUGAGAGCGUUCUGUUUAUUGCGACAGAGUGAUCGUUGCGUUAAGCUUGUGUUCUUUGUGGAAUAGUGAUGGUCGAGUAAUUGUAGCGAUCUUUACGAUCGUUGUGGUGAUUGCGACAUAGAGUGGUCGUUCCGUGUUUGUGAAAUAGAGUGAUGGUUGCGUGAACGUAGCGAUAUAUACGAUCGUCAGCAGAGCGUUUUGACAAUUGAUUGACUUUUACAGCAACAUUAGCCGCUUUUGCAGGCACCUCAAGUGACUUUGUAAUUUUUUCCGUAUUUUUAGGAAUUGGGGUUCCUGUGGUGAGUUGAACCGGAAUUAGGUAGAGGGUAAAAUCCAUUUUUCCUUCUAACCAGGCCCCCACUCUUUCUUUUACACGCCACAGGAAGCCCGACAUACAAAAAAGCAUUUUUCCCAAUCACUCGAGACGCCUGCGGAGGAGGUUACGGCAACAUUGCGCUCGUCGAAUGUUUCAAUGAUUGUCGCAAAAACAUAGAAAACGCAGUAAUGGCAAAACAACUUGUAUUUUCAUAAUCUGAGGAUCGCUGCAAUAUCGUGAUCGAAGCGUUCAAACGUUGUGCGUGCGAGGAUAACGGGGAUAAUGUCACCUGAUGUCAUCUCGUAUUUAAGUUAAUGAAACUUGGUUCUAAAGCAAGCGGUUCAAAAGAAAAUCCGCCCUAGGAAUGGAAGCAGCGAUCAGAGACACGUUUGACCCGUGUGGGCGGUGCUGUUUUACUCGUUUAGAGAAUGGCUUAGCGCAUCAGAUACGCUUUCAACAAGUGAGAUUGAAAGACGGAAAAAAGGAAGGCUCAGCGGCUUACUUUUACUUAUGACGCAUGUGCGAACGCAGCGUGAAUAAUUCUUAAUUCAACAAAGUUGGCCUGUGUAUCAAGUGUGUUAUAGAGCCUUAGUCAGCCAUAUAUUUGUUAUUGUUUUCUUUAAUAUUUGAAGACAGAUCAUUGGAUGAAAUAUCGAAAUAACUGUCUAAAAGCCAAGUUUUAUACUUCAUUUGCCAAAUUCAAUCAAAAACAUCGCAACAGCCUUCCAAGUCAUGCGAUGGAAAUGGAUGAUUUCUUACACUUGGUACUUUGCUAGCAUGACAAAAUGGCGGCUGGCAGAGGCUGUUUAAGUUUGUUUUCAGGGAUAGAACUCAGAGAAUAAUAUAAUCAGUGGGAAUAACACGCUAGAAGAUCGACAACUAAUUUCUGUUGUUGGUGGUGUUUUCCCUUAAAACACUGGAAACGCUUACUGCGCAGACUGCACCAAUGUAAAGUGUUAAUGUCCUUGCUAUCUCGUGUAGCCCGCUUUCAUUUGCGCAUGCGUCUUACUAAGAAACAGCUUCCUUCAGAUCUAGGGCUGACUCAAAAGGUCGGCAUCCAAUAGUGAAAACCUAUUUUAUAAAUAAAUGAUGUUGGGUUCAAAAA